AUGAAAUGCUUUAUUGAUCCAGUGGUGCAAGAAGCUACAAACACUCCGUAUCUCAUCAUUGUAGUUAUGAUGCCUAGUGGGUGGUUAAGGCAAAAAAGAAAAAGAAGUCAACUGACCUUCCUGUUCAUCACUACGAUCCAGUCUUUCUGUGCCCAUUGCUUCACUGGGCGGCAGUGCUCUUUCAAGAGGGAGUGGACCAGCCAGGGGUCUCGGGGCGCAGUUCUCAGGAGCCCCCCUCCCCCAGGACCACCCUGUCAACCUGUCGAACUGCUGGCUGAACACUCCGCCGUGAGACCUCAGCUUGAAGUCCAAAUGAGAUUUCUCAGGGUCAGGGAGCAUGGCUAG